AUGCUUCCUCAAUUCUUCUCUAUUCUUCUUUGGGUGGCGUUUGCCCUGGCUUUCCUUACCAAACCAGUUGCACCCAGCGAUGAUUCCUUUUACGAGGUCCCACAAAACAUCUCUGGUUACAAAAAUGGAGACAUCAUCAAUGUGAGAAACACACCUGUUCAGGUUAGAUCUUUGAUCUUCCCUAUGAACGUAAAGAACUCAUGGCAGGUGCUUAUCCGUUCCGAAGACACAUUUGGGAACCCCAAUGCAUUCGUUGCGACAAUUUUGGAGCCCUACAACGCCAUCUCUUCAAAAGUAUGGUCAUAUCAAAUGUGGGAAGAUGCCAACGACAUUGAUUGUGCCCCUUCGUAUGCCCUUUUGUCCGGAGCUUCUUACGAUACCAUCAACUCCCAAACAGAGAUCCCCAUCAUCCAGUAUGGCCUUUCAAAGGGAUGGUACGUGGUUGUGCCUGAUUAUGAAGGUCCCAAGUCGGCUUUUACGGUGGGACGUCAGUCUGGGCAGGCAAUUUUGGACGGUAUCAGAGCGGCAUUGAGCUCAGGAUAUUUUACCGGGAUCGACAAAGAUGCCAAGGUUGGCUUGUACGGGUACUCUGGUGGUGCUUUGGCCUCGGGAUGGGCGGCUCAGAUCCAGCCUCUGUAUGCGCCAGAAAUUAAAGAUCAUAUUGUAGGAGCGGCCAUUGGCGGCUGGGUCACAAAUGUCACCAGUACGGCCUUGGCGGCAGAUGGUACUCUCUUUGCCGGCCUCAUUGCCAACGGAUUCAAUGGUAUCUACUCUGAGUACUCACAGUACAAGGAUGUCUUGGACAGAAACUUGGACGCCGGCAAAAAAGCAGAUUUUUACAAGGCAAAGCUGCUCUGUCUUGUGGGCUCUGCUACCAAGUACCUUUUCCAAAAAUUCUUCCUGGGCAUCAAUCCGUACAUCAUCCCGGGUGAAGACUACUUUCAUAUUCCGAUUAACCAGGAGAUCUUUGCUAACAUCACUGCUGCUUUGACAAAAGAAGACGGUGUACCUGAGAUCCCCAUGUUUGUGUUCCAUGGCCAGGAAGAUCAAGUUGCACCUGUGGAGCAGCCUACUAGAGCAUAUGAGAACUUCUGCAGCUGGGGUGCUCCCUCGAUUGAGUGGUCUCUCGGUGCCAACUCAGGCCAUGGCCUCGAGCUUCUUUUCGGUACUGGCGCUGGACUUGCUUGGUUGGAGAAACGCUUUGAUGGCCAUUUGCCUAUCGAGGGCUGUCUGAAGACUGUGAGAACGACCAAUCUUGAGUACCCUGGAGCAGAGGCACCAUACAUCCAGAUUUUGGAGGACUACGUUCAGGGUAUUUUUGGAGCCAAGGUAGGCUUAGAUACCAGUGAUAUCAGCAACACGUCCUUGCUUGUCAAAGUUGUUGCGUACGCCAUCAGCAAGUUUGUGGGUCUUAUUGGCCCACUUCCGCUCAAGAGAGACGGAGCAAUGUUGUUUCAGGAAAAAGCAGGCAACAGAACUGUGGAUGAGAUGUACAAGGGUCUUGAGGACGUGAAGAAGUUGAUGGAGGACAAUGGAAUUGAUCCUUUGAGUGUUCUUAGGGGCACCCCCAUCACACUCUAG